CUUUAGCAUGUUUUUAUAACCAAAUUUUCCUGCUGUUAAGAACUUGGAAUAAGUCAGUCUAAACUGCACUGCUUUUAGGAAUUUUGUGAAUCGACAAUGACAAAGUUUUUCCUUUUUUUUUGUAAUGAUAAUAAUUAUUAAUUGUUUUAUUGUUACUGCUAUAAAUUUUUAAUUAAAUAAACAAAAGGAACGGUUACACAUCAUCCUGCUGAUAACGCUACUAUUUUGCCUACUUUUUGUUUAUAGACAGAUUUAAUGACAAACAUGUGCAUAAGUUAAUUAAAAGGGGAUUAGAGUGUUAAUGAUCUGUUUGCCCUAAAUAAAAAAUACACUUUUAUUAAGUUAAAUUUAAGUUAUUAAUUAAGUUAAAUCUAAAAAUAAACUUGGAUUUAUUUUGUAAAAAGUGUAAAAUGUUUGGACUGAGAUCUUGUUGCUUUUACCUGCAGGCGGCGCCAUUUGUAGGUGUUUCUAGCGCUUCGAAUCAGUGAAUAAUUUAUUUCAAAGCAAUUGGUUCAGGUUAUUCAAAGCUUCAAAAGCUUGAUUUCUACCUUUUUUAUUUAUUCUACACAAAUACAUGUUAGUUUUGACCCACGACAAAUUUAUUUUGUUGGUGCGAUCUGCCAAAAAAAGGUUAUGUUUCUGCGAUCUGUCAAAAAAGGAAAGAAGAACUUUUAUUAUGUAUUUUGUGACCCCGGAUUUAGUCGAAGUAUGUUUGUCGUUGCCUUCACUGUUCCCUAAAGUAUCUUUUCCAAUGUUUGCUCACUUUUAAGAGCUAAUAAUGGUAAAUCAUUAUUUGUGUUUGGAUUGCAAUUAAACAGACAAUAACGGCGUGACUCGUAGAGGUUCGAGCUUUACUUUUCGGCAGAAUGUCGAGCUGUGUGGCGUUACAGACGCAUGUUGCGUCGGUAAUAGAGGCGUUCGUUUACGCUGCCAUCUCCGAAAUGAGCAAAAUCAUGGGAUUGGAGACGAUGCUGUUUCUUACUAGUGAUGCUUUUAUAGAUGAAAGUACAAUGGAGGUGGCGCAUUCAAAAAUAAAGACGGAAAAGGAACAGAAAAUGAAGCAGUUUGCAUCAGUUAUGGAAGUAUUGGGCAAUGAAGCUCUUGGGAAAAUAAUCAACCUUGUUGAUGAAGCCAAAUUCUUGUUGGACCUGGAGUGCGAUACGUUUUCAGGGAAGCGAGUGAAGCAGCCAGGCUGUAUCUUGAACAUUCUGUCUGUUGGAGGACUUGAAGAGGAACAUUCUUAUGAUGGAAGUGCAAGAAACCUGGAAAACAGAACGAGAAAUGAGUCUGAUGAGACCAUAGAUGACAGACCAGAAUCUCCUCUGAUGCUGGCGGUGACGAUCAAACAUGAAUUUGGAGAAAUUGACUUGAAAUCCAUCACAACAUGUCACUUAAACGCUACUUCAGAAGACGGAGUAACAUCUGAUUUACAAGAAGGAAGUGAAGAUCCCCAAGACGGUGUUACAGUCUGUAGAAAAGCCUCCCUGGUUUGUUCUGAGUGUGGCAAGAGUUUCUCUUCACACAGCAACCUAAAAUCCCAUCAGCGCAUACACACUGGAGAAAAACCUUAUGGCUGUGUCCUCUGCGGCAAGGCUUUUGCUCACAAACAGAGCCUGUCUGACCACCAUCGAGUUCAUACGGGAGAAAAGCCAUUCGUUUGCAAAGUCUGCGGUAAAUGUUUUGGGAAAGCCGCACACCUCAAGACCCAUGAAAUAAUCCACACCGGCGAAAAACCGUUCAGCUGCGACAUCUGCGGAAAAAGGUUCAACAUUGCUCAAAAUCUCGCCAGGCACCAGCUCACCCAUACCGGGGAAAAGGAGUUUCGAUGUUCAAUUUGUCAGAAAGGUUUCACGAGGGCCAUAACGCUUAAAACUCACCAGCUUAUCCACACGGGCCAGAAGCCGUACUCUUGCGUGUCGUGUGGCAAGGCCUUCCGACACGCCGUCAACCUCAAAAAUCACGAGCGCAUCCACACGGACCUGAGGCCGUUUAGUUGCGACUUGUGCGGCAAGACCUUUCGACAGGCUGUUAAUUUGAAGAUCCACAAAAGGAUCCACACAGGAGAGAAACCGUUUAGCUGUAAGGAGUGCGGGAAGAGCUUCAGUCAACAGAGUAGUCUGAUUUCACACGGACGCACGCACUCGGGUGAAAAACCCUUCGGGUGCAGCUUCUGCGAUAAGUGGUUUAACAAUACAAACAGUUUGAAGUUACACCAGAGGAUUCAUACUGGCGAAAAGCCGUACAAUUGUGAGUACUGCGGCAAGUGUUUCAGUCAAGGCAGUCACCUGCGUACUCACAAACGACACAUUCAUGGAGGGGGGAAGCAGUACAUUUGCGAUAAAUGCGGAAAGAGAUACGCAGAUCCCCGCAAUCUGAAGUUUCACAAAUGCAUUUAUGCUUAAACGCAUAAACGUGAAUGCUACGUGGGCCACGUUUGUCAUAGUGAAGUGAUAUUUUGAACCAUGUUUGUGUGUUUAUUACCGAUUUGAGUUGAAGAGUUUAUAUUUUUAAUAAGUGCUAAUAUAUUGGAACAUCUACUGUACUAGUAUAGUAGUCGUCACAACAUGGUUAAUAUCACGGAUUCACUUUUUGAAAAUAUUAUAUACAUAUCCUGCUUCAAGUUAUUUGUUAUUGCUGAUAGCAGUUCAAAUUAUAUGCUUUGUACCUUUUGUUUUCAUAGAUAUAUUGGUUUAAAUAUCACACACUAAUGGAGAAGCUUGUUUUAAGCCAGUAUGCAUAAAAAAAUUAUUGAUUUAGUUUUUUUGUUCUGAUUUAAACUCUGACAUUGACUAUAGUACAUUACAGUAUAAUGAUGUUGUCAUAUGGAAGAUUGUGUGAGAAUAAAGAUGAGCCUUUUAAAAUGUUAGGGUUAUUAGCACAAGUGGUUAAUGGAUGGUUUCCAUCUUAAACAUUUUUACUGAUAUUUUUGCCUUUAUUUUUAUUUCAGAAAAUAUUGCAAAAUGCAGUAAUCUUGCACUUGCAACCUGAACUGCAAUUCUCAUUAAUGCUAAUGUAUGGCAGAAACCUCAGUCAUUACUAUUCAUUCCUUAUUUGCAUUUAUUGACUGAAAAUUUAAAUGGGGGAAAUUAUUAAAAUAUCAAAAAA